AUGGAGAACAACUUAGCGGAAGAGUACAUCAAGCUCAUACAAAUGGCAAGGGAGAAGAAAAAGACGAACGAGCAUCUCUAUCCGAUAUACCAGAAAAGCAACACUCUUUUGAAGGAGAUACAGACGCCCCGGGAGCUACGACUAGACGCGUAUUUAGCGAAUGAGAUCGUGGGGGAAGAGGGAAAGCGGAUAUUCCUUCAGUGCAACAACAACAUAACGGUGGGCGCAUACAUUGAGAUGGUAAGCGGGAAUAUGCUGGGACAUGCAAAAAUAUCGAACAGUUUCUUCCGGGGGGCAGCAAUUCCCUCGCAUCUGCCUCUUGUGGGGACACUGAACAAAGUCUCCAGGAAGCCCAAGAAGGCAAAGGUCGAGAAGGAGCAGGAGAAGCCUGAAAAUGCGAAAGAAUCUUCCGAGGAGAUAAAUGCCCCGAAGGAGAUCAAGCGGGUGUACGAGAUACUCCAGGAAAUGGGGGAGAUAGAGGUUUUCCGGCUUGUAAUUGAUGCAAACUCCUUUGGAAAGACGGUGGAAAACAUUUUCACGCUUUCCUUCGCGGUGAAGGUGGGAAGGGCCUUCAUACGGGAGAGAAACGGCACUUUGUACGCGUCCUCCGAGAAGCCUGACGCCGCCCCAGAGUCUCACUGCAUUAUAAGCAUACAGGAGCAAGAUGUAAAACAGAUGAUAGAGAAGAUGAACAUAACAGGAAGUCUAAUGUAG